GUUCAUACACGACUCAAUUUAAGCGAUGGAAGGUGUCAUGCAAUUUUACAUAAACGUUGAAAAGGAAGAAGGGAAGUUUGACAAACUCUGCGAUCUCUACGAUGCCUUGUGCAUCACUUCGCAGAGUGUCAUCUUUGUUAACACAAGGCUCAAAGCUGACUGGCUCACUCAGAAGAUGCGAAGCAAGUUGCGCAUCGCCUUUGCUAUCCACGACGACACGGAUCAGUUCAAUCGUGCCAGGAUUGUGCGUGAAUUCCAUAUUGGCACUUCCCCUGUUCUGAUCACUAGUACCGAUCUCUUGUCUUCUAAUAUCAAUGUGGAGAAUGUAUCUCUAGCCAUAAAUUAUGAUUUGCCUACUCAACCAGAGCAAUACCAACGGAUUCAAAUGUUUGGGAGAACAGGUGUUGCCAUUAACUUUGUGACCGAGGAUGAGAAGGGAGUGCUGCAAGAUAUCGAGAAGGCUUGUAAUGUGGACAUUAGGGAGCUUCCAUUUUCAACCAGCUAG